UGUUUUGAUUCGUUCGAGUCGACUCCAUCGACUCACAUUUGCAGCUUCAUUAACGCAAUCAUUUCGGCCCAACGAAAAAUGGAGUUCAACUUAUCUUUCAUUUCUGGAUUGGGUUGCGGUAUUUGUAUCGGGAUAUCAAUUUUUGCACUGAAAAAAUAUCUUGGAUUAUUCACCGAGACCUCAAAAGCUGUGAAAAAGAUUGUCUCAGAUUCGGAGUACAAAUUAGUUUUAGUGGUACGGACAGACCUAAACAUGGGUAAAGGGAAAAUCGCAGCACAGUGUAGUCACGCAGCAGUGGGGGCUUAUGAGAAAGCUUUAAAAAGAGACCCAGAAGGUUUGCGGAGUUGGCAAAUGACAGGUCAAGCAAAAAUAGCACUUAAAACAGAUUCUGUAGAUGAAAUCAAGCAAAUUGCAGACAAUGCUAAGAAAAUGGGACUUGUAACUUCACUAAUAAGAGAUGCAGGAAGGACUCAAAUUGCUCCUAACUCUAUCACAGUGCUUGGUGUUGGGCCUGCACCUAAAGAUGUUAUUGAUAAAGUUACAGGGCAUUUAAAAUUAUUAUAAAAAUAUA